CAGAAAUCUCUAAUUAUUAUUAUAAAAUACAAAGUAGAAAAUUUAGAUCAAAAAUUAAUUUCUUUAUAGAUAACAAAUCAAUAAGCAAAAAUGGGUGGUUUGAACAAAGAAACUCUAAGUGAUAUUGGACUUAGUGAUGGGGAAGAUUUAGAUGAUGAUAUAGAAAUAGAUGAUGAAGUUGUAGAUAGUGAUCAAGAAGAAUAAGAAGAUGCUGAAGAAAGCAACGAUGAAUAAGAUUAAAAUGACGAAGAUAAUAGUUAAGACCAGUAGAAUUAAUCUGAUGACCAAGAAGAAGAAGAUGAUAACGACGAUAAUAAAAAAGAAGAAGAAGAAGAUUAAAAGGAAUAAGAAUUUAAAAAGUUGAAACUAGCUUUGAAAAAUAAGAAUUUAUCAGAAAAAGAAAAAUAAAAAAUGAUUUAAAAAGUUGAAGAAUUCAAUAAGAAAUAACAAUAGAAAGGUGUAUGCUACUUAUCCAGAAUCCCUCCAUACAUGAAAGCUACAUAUAUUAGAAAAUUGCUUGAACCUUAUGGAAUAGAAAGAGUUUACCUCGCUGCAGAAGAUGAUAGAAAAAGAAAAAUGAGAAUCAAAAAUGGAGGUAAUAAAAGAAGAUGUUAUACAGAGGGUUGGGUUGAAUUUAAAGACAAAAGAAUUGCAAAAAGAGUUGCUUUAUCUUUAAAUUGUACUAAGAUGGUAUAAAAAACUAGGAAUUUUUAUGGUGAAGAUUUAUGGAAUAUAAAAUAUUUACCAAAAUUCAAAUGGGAAAACUUAACUGAAAGAUUAAACUAUCAAAACAGAGUUAGAAAAGAAAAGUUAUAGCAAGAACUACAAAUAUCUAAGAAAGAAUAAGAUUUUUAUAGAUAGCAACUUGAUUAAAGUAAAAAAGUAUAAGCUGUAGAAAAGAGAAAAUUAGAUAAAAAUUAAACCAAAGUUUAAAAUAUUGCUAGAAGAACAUUUAUACAAAGGGCUCCUACUAAAAAAGUUCAUAAUGCCCAAAGUGAAUAAUCAGAUGAAGAAUGA